CACUCUUUGUUAUGCUUUUAUUGUGUAAUCGUGCACCGGAAGUUCCGGUCGUCUCGGGCUGCGGCUGCCUUGACGGAUGUUGCGUCACUGCUGCUUUAAAGCAGGCAGAGUCGAUCCGAGCGGAACCAGGCCACAGACCCGGACCCGAUGGACCCCUUCAGACCCUGAACACUCGGACUAACACCUGGACUAAGAUCCGGACCGGAUCCUGAACUAAAGAGCCGGACCGGACCCGGAAGGUUCCGGGACGAACAGCCCGAGAGUCGGGACAUCUGGACCGGAGUGCGGACGCGUCAGAGCCCGGGCUUGCUCCUCCAAGAUGGCCGACGCCGAAGUCUCCUUGUCCCCGGCCCUGCUGCCGCUGCACCUUAGCCCAACCCACUCAGCUGCACCUCCUCCUCCAGCCUCCUCUUCCCCCACCACCUUCUCCUGCCCCUCCUCCCCCUCCAGUGCCUCCUCUUCCUCCUCUUCGUCGUCAUCUUCCUCUUGUUCUGAGAGCUCCUCUGACUGUCCUGCCCAUCACCAUCAUCACCAUCAUCAUCACCAUCACCACCACCACCAUCACCCUCGCCCCCAGCUGCAGCUGCCUCCUCCCUCCAACAGCGAGCAGCCGUCCUCCCCCAGCGCCAGCCCCCGCAGCUCCAGUCCCAGCGGGAGCAUCGGCAGCACCGGCAGCCUCGGCAGCAGCGCCAGCGAGGGCAUCGGCAGCAGCGGCACGUCGUGCGGCGGCGACCCACGAGGCCCCAGCCCACCGCUGGACGUCAUCUCAGAGGACGCCAUGGAGAUGGACCUGGGAGGCGACCAAGUGAUUGACCCAGAAGUUGCCUUGAAGGCUUGUCAGGAAGUUCUUCUCAAGGUGAAGCUGCAGAACAGGGAAGUGCCUGAACAGCAACAACUUGACAACAAGCAGCAACGGGACGCCCAGCCACAACAUCAACACUACACAGACCUGACGGAGUGCUCCAGUCCACAGUGGCACAUCAGCCCGGACACCAGCUCCAUCAAAGAAGAAGAGGAGGACGAGGAGGAGGAUGCUGAAAAACAAGGCAGCACCUCCCAGCAGUGCCCACGUCCUUCGGCCCGGCCUGAGUCCUCUUUGGUGCCGUCGGCGGCGUCAUCGUCUUCGUCUAAACAGUCGUGGCUGCUGCGACUGUUUGAGUCCAAGCUGUUUGACGUCUCCAUGGCGAUCUCCUACCUGUACAAGUCGAAGGAGCCCGGAGUACAGGCGUACAUCGGGAACCGUCUCUUCAGCUUCCUCGAUAGCGAGGUGGACUUCUACCUCCCCCAGCUGCUCAACAUGUACGUGCACAUGGACACCGAGGUGGGCGACGCCAUUCGACCGUACCUGAUCUACCGUUGCAGAGGUAGCAUCACCUUCUCUCUGCUGACGGCUUGGCUGUUGGGUGCUUACUCCUCCGACAUGCACAUCUCCACCCAGCGUCACUCCAGAGGCACCAAACUCCGAAAGCUCAUCCUGUCCGAUGAACUCAAACCUUCUGCACCUUCGUCCAAUGCUCCCAGAGCGGUUUCCACCUCUGACAGCCCGGUGUCCUCGCCGUCCCACCGCCACUGUCACCGGCGGCACAACAGCAGCAACGUGGAGUCCUCCUUUUCUUCCACCGUCCCCGGGCCGGACAGCCCCGUACUGGGGGAGGCGGAGGUGUUUGUUUCUCCGUCCAGGAGGACCCACCAGAGAUCCAAGUCAGACGCCACCACAGCAAGCAGCGGACCCGGUUCUGGGCUCCGGCGGACGGGGAGUAACCCGAAAGUGGAAGCCGUCCAUGAGGAGCCUGAGCGUCUCCGUCCUCAGAGGGAGUUCGUGAAGUCUCUGCUCGGCAUCGGGAAGCGUUUGGCGACUCUGCCGACCAAAGAGCAGAAGACUCAGCGUCUGAUCUCGGAGCUGUCGCUGCUCAACCACAAACUGCCGGCUCGAGUCUGGCUGCCCACGGCCGAGAACCAACACCAUGUGUGCAGGAUCCCACACACACAGGCUGUGGUGCUGAACUCCAAGGACAAGGCUCCGUACAUCAUCUACGUGGAGGUUCUGGAGUGUGAGAACUUUGAGACCUCAGCGGUUCCGGUCCGGAUCCCGGAGACGAGGAUCCGCUCGGCUCGCUCUGCGGAGAAUCUGGACUGCGGCAGCGCCGUCUUGGCGGCUAACGCUAACGCGAUGACGUCAGAGCACAGAGCGGGAAGUUUCUCCACCGUCCCGAACUACGACAACGACGACGAGGCGUGGGCCACCGACGACAUCGGACAGCUGCAGGUGGAGGCUGAAGCUCAGACCAGCAGCAGCGACAACAUCAGUCAGUUCUCGGUCGACAGCAUCACGAGUCUGGAGAGCAAAGAGCCGGUGUUCAUCGCCGCCGGAGACAUCAGGCGUCGUCUGUCGGAGAACCUCGCUCACACUCCGACCUCGUUCCGGAGAGAUCCCGAGGACCCGUCUGCCGUCGCCCUCAAAGAACCCUGGGAGGAGAAAGUCCGGCGGAUCAGAGAAGGUUCUCCGUACGGUCACCUGCUGAGCUGGAGGCUUCUGUCCGUCAUCGUCAAGUGUGGAGACGACCUGAGGCAGGAGCUGCUGGCCUAUCAGGUGCUCCGACAGCUGCAGUCGAUCUGGCAGCAGGAGAGAGUUCCUCUGUGGAUCAAACCCUACAAGAUCCUGGUGAUGUCAUCGGACAGCGGCAUGAUCGAACCCGUGCUCAACGCCGUCUCUCUGCACCAGGUGCGUAAACAGAGUCAGCUGUCUCUGCUGGACUACUUCCUGCAGGAACACGGCAGCUUCACCACCGAGGCCUUCCUCACGGCGCAGAGGAACUUCGUGCAGAGCUGUGCCGGCUACAGCCUCAUCUGCUACCUGCUGCAGGUCAAAGACAGACACAACGGGAACAUCCUGCUGGACUCUGAAGGUCACAUCAUCCACAUCGACUUCGGCUUCAUCCUGUCCAGCUCGCCCAGAAACCUCGGCUUCGAGACGUCCGCCUUCAAACUCACGUCAGAGUUUGUGGACGUGAUGGGUGGUCUGGACGGCGACAUGUUCAUCUACUACAAGAUGUUGAUGCUUCAGGGUCUGAUUGCGGCUCGUAAACACAUGGAGAAAGUUCUGCAGAUCGUCGAGAUCAUGCAGCAAGGUUCCCACCUCCCGUGUUUCCACGGCUCGAGCACCAUCCGUGGCCUGAAGGAGCGUUUCCACAUGAGCCUGACGGAGGAGCAGCUGCAGCUGCUGGUGGAGCAGCUGGUGGACGGGUCAAUGCGCUCCAUCACCACCAAACUCUACGACUCCUUCCAGUACGUCACCAACGGCAUCAUGUGACUGCCAUCGCCAUGACAACGCCACCGCAAGGACGGGUUUGUUUUGAAAAGACUGAAGAGGAAGUGAACGGGCCGAACUCAUCCUGGACUCGGAACCAGCACCUGCUGACUCAUUUGGAUCAGGACAGGAAGUUUGAUCUUUUACUUUCCCGUUGUCGAUCAGCUGAUGACUUUUGGUUUGAAUCAUUUUAAAUUGAUUUGAUGCUUUUAUUUUGAAAUCUUCCUGUUUGAACCAUCGACAAACACCAGCCGUCCGUCGUCCGUCGCGUCCUCAAAGGACAAACACUACAUGAAGAAAAGCACAACGUGAACUUCCUGUUUCCGGGACGUUCAGACAGGAAGUGGUCACUCCUCGACACGUUGAGUUUUAAUCGUUUCCGCUCGUGAUGCUAACGCAGCGUAGUGGCAUGUGAGCAUGCAUGCUAACGUUGCUGCACGUUCGUUUGUUUCACGUUAUUUUUUCGUAUUUGUACAAACGUGAACACGGUUCGAUGACUCGAAGGUUCGAUGACUCGAUGAUUCGAAGGUUCGAUGACUCGAUGAUUCGAUGACUCGAAGGUUCGAUGACUCGAAGGUUCGAUGACUCGAAGGUUCGAUGAUUCGAUGGUUCGAUGACUCGAAGGUUCGAUGAUUCGAUGACUCGAAGGUUCGAUGACUCGAUGAUUCGAAGGUUCGAUGACUCGAAGGUUCGAUGACUCGAAGUUUCGAUGACUCGAAGGUUCGAUGACUCGAAGGUUCGAUGACUCGAAGUUUUCGGAGCAGCUGAUGAGUCGUUGACCUUUUGAAGCCUGUAGACGGAGGCGUCCGUUAGCUGUGCAGCUAAUCCUCGUGUGGCAGAGGAGACGGGUGACUGUGUCCACUGGCUGCUUGUGGCUAACGUGAUGCUAACUAUAGCUGCAAUUAGCUAAGUUAACUAUGCAGCUAGCGGCCACAUUAGCAUCUGUCUCCAGUUCUGGUGCCGCCCAGCUGACGUUCCCCCAUCCCGGGUCAUCACGAUGCACGAGCUCCCGCUAACUGCACGGCUAACGGACUGGGCUCUCACCAUGCAGCAUGCUAACGUUAGCGCUGAACCGUGUUUUUAGCGUGUAAAUGAUCUUUCAGAUAUUUUUAAAAACAGGAAGUAGAGACUCUCGAGCGAGGUAAAAACGUCCGCACAGAGUUUCAACAUGAAAACAAACAAACCACCUUAACAACAGUCCACCUUAACAACAGUCCACCUUAAUGGUUUCCUUUGAGCCAAACUGGCUGCCGAGCGUGUUCCACUAACUGUGUGUGUGUUAAUAUAUUUACAUAUUUAACGAACGCUCCUCCCUGAUUGGCCUGCAAGAUACAUUCCUGUGAUUAACUCCAGCCAAUCAGGAGAGGCGGCUCUUUACAGGAACUGUAUUUUGUUGAUCAGCGAUGAUGCGUUUCCUGUGAAUGUUUUUUUUUUUUUAUUGUGACGUCACUAACGCGUCGUGAUGCUAACGAUGCUAACACGUCAUCUUUAUUCCAGACGGUCACGUUAGCUUAGCCUUUAGCCUGUUGUUGAACAUUAGCAUCUGUGCGCUCUUUCUCGUUAGCCGUUAGCUUCACUGAGCUAAACGUCGUUAAAUCUUCAGUAAUUUUAUUAAUUAACAGUUAGCAGACGAGCUAACCCUUUUAGCUACAAGCUAGCUUGCUGACUGUUGCUAAAAAUGUCGUUUUACAGUUUGUUGUGAUUUAAAUGUUUUUUGGAUUCGCUUUUAUUUUCUUGUUCAUGUGUGCGCGGCGAUGAUGACGUGGCGUUGACGCGGUGACGCCGCGGUGACGUUGACCACGAACACUCCUCGCUGGAAUAAAGCGGACCUGUUAGCAUGUUAGCGUCGUAUUGAAGGAUAAGCACAGCUCGUCAUGUCAUGCUAACCGUUAGCCGCUGUGAAUAUGUACGUAUGUAAAUGAUGCGACAUGAGUCGAUGCCUUGAGUCGUGCAGACGUACGAACUCUGAUCAAUGCAACCUGAGAAGUGCUUUUAUAUCUCCACGUCGCCGCAGACACGCCUCCUCUCUGACGUCACAGGUCACAUGACACGGACUGAACCUGGCAGAGGGUCGCGUGUCCGCGAGCUGACGGAAACCUUUCAUUGCCUUUCUUUGUUUCUUCAUCAGCUCCAACAGAUUCAAUGUAAACCUCUAAAGUGCAUUUAUCCUCCAGCUCAACGUCUCCUCAACGUCUCCUCAACGUCUCCUCAACGUUUCCUGAGCGUUUCUUCAUGUUUCUCUAACUUGAAGUUGGUUCGACACUAAAAACCCAACGAGCGGCCAUGUUGACAAAUGCUAACGAUGCUAAUGAUG